CCUGUACAAGGAGGCCAUGAUGGAGGAGCACCAGCCUCUUAUAUCACAAGCAGAAAAUUCCCAUAAGAAUUCUGAGGGAAACUUCAUGUUGUCACUAAAUUAUAAAGUAGAAGAUGAAGACAUCAUGCAGUGCUCUUCAGGAGAAAACCUUAAUGUACAUCCAGGACUUCACAGUACAGAUCUGUCAUAUAAUCCCCCUGUUCAUGAGGAAUCUUCUGACCAAUCACAGAUUGCUACCACAAGUGCUGGUCAGAAAGGGGCUGAAAGGUUUCAAGAGAUCACAAAAAGAUCAAGUCUUUCUACAGACAGAAGAAUUCGCACACGGGAGAAGCCGUAUUCAUGUCCAAAAUGUGGGAAAUAUUUUGCAUAUAAAUCAGCGCUUGUUCGACAUGAGAGAAGUCACACAGGAGAGAAGCCAUAUUCAUGUUCAGAAUGUGGGAAGCGUUUUACAGUUAGACAAACUCUUGUUAAACAUGCGCUACGUCACACAGGAGAGAAGCCGUAUUCAUGUUCAGACUGUGGGAAAUGUUUUAGUGAGAUCUCAAGGCUUAUUAAACAUAAGAGAAUUCAUACAGGAGAGAAACCGUAUUCAUGUUCAGAAUGUGGCAAAUGUUUUACGCAUAAAUCAAGUCUUAAUGUACAUCAGAGAUGUCACAGAGGAGAGAAACCAUAUUCAUGUUCAGAAUGUGGGAAAUGUUUUAAUGAUAAAUCAAAUCUUAUUGCACAUCAGAGACGUCACACAGGAGAGAAGCCGUAUUCAUGUUCAGAAUGUGGGAAAUGUUUUCCAUAUAAAUCUAAUCUUUUUAUACAUGAGAGAAGUCACGGAGAGAAGCGGUAUUCAUGUUCAGAAUGUGGGGAAAGUUUUAAACUUAAACAAACUCUCAUUAAACAUGCGCUACGUCACACAGGAGAGAAGCCGUAUUCAUGUUCAGAAUGUGGGAAAUGUUUUAUACAGAAAUCAAGUCUUGUUAUGCAUGAGAGAAUUCAUACAGAAGAGAAACCGUAUUCAUGUAAAGAAUGUGAGCAAUGUUUUACGCAAAAAUCUGAUCUUGAUAGUCAUGAGAGAAGUCACAGAAGAGUAAGGAUACGAUCACAAUUCCAGAAUUUAGACUUUGAUUUUGAUUCCAAUUAAAGAAUGACGUUAUUCGAUAACAAAUAAAAUAACACUAAGAAAUACCCACAAUAACCCCAUGUUGCCCAUUAUGUGAAGAGGUACUUGAUGAGGCACUUACUAUUAAUGUGAUGCACAUGGAAGCUCAAAUUGAUAAAACCAAGUGCCUCACAUCGUAAGACUCAAGUGUGUCCUCACGUAAUGGACAACACGAGAUUAAAAUGGUUGUGCAGCAAUAUAUAUUGAUGACCUAUAGUGUUGAGUGCGAAUAUUCGAAAAGUGAAUUUUUAUCGCGAAUAUCAGCACUUCGAAUUCACGAAUAUUUAGAAUA